GAUUAUUUUAAUAGUAAUGUGUGGACUGUGGACCAUACCAAGCAAAACUUUGAAAAACCCCACCACCCUAUAGAGUUGUCAGCAUGCUAUUUAUUGUAUCUUCCAUUUUCAUUUCACUAAUUGUAUUUAUAUUUGUAUCUAUCUUCCUUUCCUUUCAUUUCAUUCAUCCACUCACACCAGCGAAUACUCCAAAUUAAAACCCACCCCAAAACCGCAUAUAAACAUCCCAAAACAACCCAUAAGGCCAUAACAUUUCAUAGUUCAUACUUCAUACCCUUCAUUUCUUCUCUUUGUUUCUCCAUCAUGGCCGUUGAGGCUCGCCAUCUUCACCUCUUUUCCCCUCAACUCAUAACCAACAGAGAAAUGAUGAACCCGGUUGAAACGAACGUGAACAACAUCUACAACAACAUGGGUUAUUCUUAUUCCUCUGUUCCACCACCGUCUUCUAUCAAAACCGCUGCGACGGAGGCUCUUAUUCUACCGCCGUACAACUCUAUAACCGCUGAUUCGUUGCCUCAGAAAACUGCCAUGAACUCUGAUAGCGGUUUAACUUAUAACGUUCCGUUGAGAAAACGUUCGAGAGAUUCUAGAGACUAUUCGAAUUCAAUCAAUUACCCGUUUCAGAAUUCUUAUCUUGCUCCUUCAACGGUUCCACAGAAUAACAAAAGUUGUGCUUCUUCGUCUUUCUCUUUUCUUGGGGAAGAUAUUUCCCUUCAAAUCCAACGGCAACAACUCGACAUCGAUCAACUCAUUGCACAACAAAUGGAGAAGGUGAAAUAUGAGAUUGAAGAGAAAAGGAAGAGACAAGCGAUGAGGCUGAUUCAAGCAAUUGACAUGAGUGUGACAAAGAGAUUGAAGGCAAAAGAAGAAGAAAUAGAGAAAAUUGCGAGAACAAAUUGGGCUUUAGAAGAAAGAGUCAAGUCACUUUGCAUGGAGAAUCAAAUAUGGCGUGAUUUGGCUCAAAGCAAUGAAGCCACAGCCAAUGCUCUUCGCUCCAAUCUCGAACAGCUUCUUGCACAACGCAUCGGUAAUGAUAACGGAGAUACUAUUUCUCCGGUCGGUCGACACGUUGCUUUGAUCGACGAUGCUGAGUCUUGUUGUGACAGCAAUGAGAGUAUCAACGAUGAAGAAAAUGUAGCGGAAUGGCGAAGUGUAGGUGAUAAUAAUAAUAAUGGUAGAAACAUGAGAAACUGCUCCGGUGACGGUGGAGAUAGUGGAAGCAAUUUUGUGAAUAGCAUGAAACUAUGCAGCAACUGUGGGAAAGAUGAAUCAUGUGUGUUGAUUUUGCCUUGUAGACAUCUUUGUUUAUGUGGUGUUUGUGGGUCUAAUCUUAACAUUUGUCCCAUUUGUAAAUCUUUCAAAACUGCUAGUAUCCAUGUUAACAUGUCAUGAACAUGAACCAGAACAUGGAAAAAUUACAUUAGCAAAGUAGUUUGUUAGAGAAAAAAACUUUUACUUGAAUGAAUGGUAAAAAAAAAAAAUCAUUUUGAUCUAGAA